AUGUCUAGCCCAAAGGAUGAGGGGUCGGGUGUCCCCGCUGGCAGUCGGGGUUCCUGGUCGUCGUUCUUGAAGUCAAUCGCCUCUUUUAACGGCGAUCUCUCCUCCCUAACCGCUCCGCCCUUUAUCCUCUCCGCCACCUCCCUCGUCGAAUACUCCGCUUACUGGGCCGAGCAUCCAAAGAUCUUUGUUGCACCAGCCAAAGAGCCCGAUCCCGAGAAACGUGCCCUCCUUGUGUUAAAAUGGUUCCUUAGCACGCUCCAUCAGCAAUAUUGUAGCCGUAGCGAGAAGUUGGGUAGCGAGAAGAAGCCGCUAAAUCCGUUCUUGGGUGAGCUGUUUCUGGGGAAGUGGGAGGAUGAUGGCGACGUUGGAGAAACACGACUUGUUAGCGAGCAAGUAAGCCAUCAUCCACCUGUAACGGCUUAUGCAAUCGAGAAUGAGAAGCAUGGUGUGCAGCUACAAGGAUAUAACGCCCAGAAAGCUUCGUUCUCGAGUACCAUAAACGUGAAACAAAUCGGACAUGCCAUAUACUCCCUCACUCCGCUACCUACCACAGCCAACCCAUCCCCAGAACGGGAAACAUACCUCAUAACUCUCCCGUCACUGCACAUCGAAUCCCUAAUUUACGGAACCCCCUUCGUCGAGCUCAACCGACAUACUCAGAUCGUUAGUUCCACCGGCUACGUUGCCAAGAUCGAAUACUCGGGCAAAGGAUGG